AUGGAGGCCGCAGCCAAACUCUUCUUCUCCUCACCCCGCUUCGCCGUAGCUGGCGCGAGCACUGACCCCAGCAAGUUCGGCUACAAGAUCCUCGCCUGGUACCACCAGCACUCCCUGCCCGUCACCCCGCUGAACCCGUGGGCCCCCGAAAUCGCCUUCCCCUCGCACACAUACAGCACGACACCGUCUCCCUCCGCGCUCCCGUCACCCAAGCAGACAUCGCUCUCCGUCGUGACGCCGCCAAAAGUGACGCUUGCGGUGUUGAAGGAGGCCAAGUCGGUGGAUAUACCCGCUGUGUGGCUGCAGCCGGGCACCUUUGACGACGAGGUGCUUGCGUAUGCGCGGGAGAACUUCAAGGCUGCGGUUGCCGGGAUGGAGGGGAGUGCUGGGCACGAAGGGUGGUGUGUGCUUGUGGAUGGGGAGGAUGCGCUGGCGGCGGCGGGUGUGACUUGGAGGGCACAGAAGUUGUAG